AUGUCCCCGCGGCGCGUCGUCGCGGACGUCGACGCCCUCGACGCGGCGGACGACGAGACGGGCCCGGCCGCGACGAUCGCGGCGCUCAAGUCGCUCCAGCGGCAGAUCGGGCGCCUCGACCGGGAUCGCUACGGCGCCCUGAGCCGCGCGGCGCUCCUGCGCCAGGAGAUCGGCGAGCUCGAGCAGUCCCUGGAGCAGCUCGCGGGCGCGGCGCGGGCCGAGCGGGCCCACGUCGACGUGCGCGGCGCGACGGCGGCGGGCCUCGAGGCCUGCGAGCGCGAGGAGAAGGCCGCGGCGGCGCUGGAAAACGACGUCGCGGCGCUCCGCGACGACCUGCUGCGGGCCCAGGCCGCCCGGGCCCAGGCCCAGGCGCGGCGCGACGCCGCCGUCGCCGCCGCCGCGGCCCGGCGCGCGCGCGCCGACGAGCGCCUCGCGGCGCUCGAGGGCGAGGACGCCGCGGCCGACGCGGAGCUCGUGAAGCGGCACGCGGCGGACGCGCGGCUCGCGCGCUACGAGAGCCGCCUCGUCAAGGAGCGCGCGCUGCGGGACUCGCUCCACGAGGCCCUCGAGGAGAUGAUCGCCGUCAACAAGCGCCUCGCCGCGAAGCCUCGCUACGCGCGGCGGACCGCGGCGUCCGCGAAGAAGGCGGCGAAGCGGCCGCCCCUCGUCGCCUUCCUCCGGGGCUGCUCCCAGCCGCCGCCGCGCACGCCCCGGCCCCGCGGCGUGACGCCGCCGCCGCCGCCGUCCCGGGCCUCGCGCCGCCGCUCCCGGUCCCGGUCCCGGCCCCGCCGCGCCGCCGCCGCCGCCUACGACUACUAG